AUGGCUACAUAUGCUAGAGCUACUUCCAUUGUCGUGUUUAUAUUUCAGAUGCAUGCCCAAAUGGCUGAUGCAUGCCCAAAUGGUUGGUACGAAUGUGAUGGAAGGUGCUAUGGGUUGUUUAUCAAUCAAACCCACAAUUUGACAUGGGUCGAAGCGAGAGAAAGUUGUUGGUCUAAAGAUGCCUUCCUGGCUGCAAUAACCAACGAUGGCGAAUAUGGGAGGGAGGAAGAGGCAUGCAUGAAGAAAACACUUCGCAACUUGAAUAAUACGGAACUACUCCCGUAUAUUGCACAUAAACCGCAGCAAUCUGUAUACGCAGGUUUGAUGACUGGUGCUAGAACAUGCGACUUGAUGGUGAGAACUAUAAAUUCUAUAGAAACAUCUGAGGUUAACAUUACAUGGAGGCAAGCAGAAUGUAAAGAAAAUUUCACUGAUACGUUCAUGUGUGUAAAAAUGAAAAAAGUAGGUCCAGAUCAGGAUACAAACAUCACAGCAUGUCCAGCACGACGGCCAUGCUCGUGCAACAAACCUUAUGGUUACACGUUGCGAGAAGGAGAAAUCAGUUGCCAAAAUGUUGGACUGUACACAAUACCAAUAGAUAUAUCACAAACUGUGAGAGGCGUGUUUGCAGCAUUAAACAAAAUACGUUAUAUAGAAAGUGGAAUGUUUCAUGGAAUGCCAAAUCUCAAACGUUUAGAUCUUAGUCGAAAUGAGAUACAUGUAAUCUCUUCGUUUGGAUUCGAAGGGCUGCGUAAACUUGAAUGGCUAAAUAUAGAAGAAAAUAAGAAGCGACUGAGGGUGGGGAACAUGUCAUUUGAAGGAUUACACAAGUUGAAGGAAUUGCUUCUAUAUGGUUCUUUGUUGGAAUAUCCAAUAAACAGUAAACCGUUUUAUAAUUUAGCUUCACUGGAGAGAUUAGAUAUUUUGAGAUGUGGUAUAAAACGUACAGAAGAUGUUUUUCUUCCUAAUCCAGACCUGUUACAAUACUUACGCAUAGAGCAACUAGAUGAAUCCAAUGUUAUGUUCAGACACCCAACAGACUAUAAGAACCUGUUGAAGCUAUAUGUAAUACAUGUUUCAAAAAAUGAGACAAUAUCAGCUGGACAAUUUAACGGGUUGAAUAAACUGAAGUAUCUUAUUCUCGGAAAUAUAGAUAUACCACGUCUGCAACCGGCAAUGUUUGAGGGUCUUGAUGCACUGACAGACUUGAGUAUUUGGAAUUGUCAUAUCCUUAUAAUCGGGCCACACGUGUUUACACAACUUAGAAAUAUUGAAUCCAUAUUUAUCUCCCAAAAAACAUUGCCAAAAUACCCAGUGUCAUUAUUUCAAGGACUAGAGAAGUUGACUCGUGUUUCCGGCGAUCAUGAGGAAUUCUGCUGCAUCGUUCCAACAACAGUUAAAGACUGUUACCCACAGCUAGACCAUCUGUCUUCGUGUGGAGACCUAGUGAAGAACAACAUACUGAGGGUAUCACUGUGGACAUUUGGUAUAUGUAUACUCCUUGGAAACAGUGCCGUAAUUUUAUACCGCUACAGGGAAGCCGGAACACAGUACAAUUAUAUAAACAGGAUAUUGAUAAUGAAUCUUUCAUUAUCGGAUAUGAUUAUUGGAGUAUACAUUAUCAUAAUAGCUGCGAUGGAUAUGAAAUACAGAGACACCUACUUUCAAAACCUUGGUAUUUGGACCAAAAGUAGCCUGUGCAUGGCUUCUGGAUUUAUUGCAUCAUUGUCAAGUGAGAUGUCUGUGUAUAUCCUCGUUGUCAUGACGCUUGACCGGUUCCUCAAAAUAGUUUUUCCCUUUAAAGUGUGGUUACACUUUUCCAAGCGUGUUGUCCAUGGUGUUCUCAUCGUUGGCUGGACUCUUUGCAUAACUUUAACAGCUUUACCACUUCUUCCGCUUGAUUACUUCAGACCUCAUGAAUUCUACACGCAAUCCGGCUUUUGCUUACCACUAAUGUUGAAUUAUGAUCCUUCAAAAGAAGCCACGUUAAACGCACGCAAAAGCACCGGAUCGGAGGACAGCAUUGCUUUAAACAGACAAAAUCAGCAAGCUUACUCCCAUUUUAACGGUUGGGAGUAUUCUUUUGCUCUUUUCAAUGUUGUCAAUCUUUUAGCCUUUCUUCUUAUAGCUGCUGGCUACUUGGCUAUAUUUGUUGCUACUAUGAUCUCUAAAUCAAAAUCAAAACAAGGCUCGGGACAAGAGCAAGAAAGGAGGAUGGCGUUAAAAUUGAUGUGGAUCGUGGGUACCGACUUCUGCUGCUGGGUUCCAGUAAUAAUCAUGGGAUUCCUAACCUAUUACAAGGUAGCGCUCCCAGGAGAAAUUGUUGCCUAUGUAAGUAUUUAUGUGUUGCCAAUCAACAGCGCUAUCAACCCGAUACUCUACACAUUUAGCACACUUCCUUGGAACAAGCUAUGGAAGAAGUGCAAGUGUAGAUCUGCACCUCAACCACAACCGGCGCCAACACCAAGGAACACAAAUGACACAGCAGCAUUGGCCACGAUAAGCACUAAACUUUGAAUGUUCAAACCAAAUGACAGAGCUAUAAGUCAAAUAUACAGAGUAAUCGGUGGUCACUAGGCGGUGGGUGACACUCAAACAAGAUAGACAUGUGAUAGAACUAUCAAACACUAGAAGUAGAAUGAUAUACAAAUGACACAGCAACAUUGGCCACGAUAAGCACUAAACGUUGAAUGUUCAAACCAAAUGACAGAGCUAUAAGUCAAAUAUACAGAGUAAUCGGUGGUCACUAGGCGGUGGGUGACACUCAAGCAAGAUAGACACGUGAUAGAACUAUCAAACAUUAGAAAUAGAAUGAUAUACCAGUGCAAAUGACACAACAGCAUUG